CCGCCCUCCUCCAUCAUGGCGGCGUCGGUGCAGUCUCCCAAUCACCUGCUUGCUGAGAGACGUCGGUCAAUCAGAGACGCGUCCAAGGCACCGCCCCAAAUCGUGCUACUCGGUCCCCUAUUCGUCACUUCCUCUCCAGUCCCUGCGCAGUCGAUAAGGAAACCCGGACGCCGCUGUGGCUUUCUUUUUUUCAAGCGGCCGGGAAGAUGGCGGACAUUCAGGUGCGAGCUCGGGCCCUCCCGGGCCUCAGAGACGGAGCGAGCCUACCAGAAGCAGCCCACCAUCUUCCAAAACAAGAAGAGGGUCCUGCUGGGAGAGACCGGCAAAGAGAAGCUCCCUCGAUACUACAAGAACAUCGGCCUGGGGUUCAAGACGCCCAAGGAGGGCAUUGAGGGCACCUACAUUGACAAGAAAUGCCCCUUUACCGGUAACGUCUCCCUCCGAGGGCGCAUCUUGUCCGGCGUGGUGACCAAGAUGAAGAUGCAGAGGACCAUUGUCAUCCGCCGAGACUACCUCCACUACAUCCGGAAGUACAACCGCUUCGAGAAGCGCCACAAGAACAUGUCAGUGCACCUGUCCCCCUGCUUCAGAGAUGUGCAGAUCGGCGACAUCGUCACCGUGGGUGAGUGCCGCCCGCUGAGCAAGACUGUGCGCUUCAACGUGCUCAAGGUCACCAAGGCCGCCGGCACCAAGAAGCAGUUCCAGAAGUUCUGAGCUGGCUACCUGCCCCACCCCAACCAAAUAAAGUUAUUUUCUCAGUCACAGCCGGGCUCCGGGUGUCUGUGGCCUCUCCAGAGGGAGGUAUGUCCCUGGGGAUGGAGCAGGUUGACGAACGACGGGUUCUUUUUUACCCUCUGGGGCGUGAGGGUGGGAAUGGGGACCAGAUCCCGCCUCCUGUCCUGUCUCUGGGUGAAGACGCCUGUAUUAAAGAUGCUGCACUUCUCCGUC